CCCGUCCAUUCUUCAUUUUCCUUCUCCCAUCUCCAAGUGGGUUUAAGGAAAGAUGGUGGCUUCGACAUUCACAUUCUUCUCAUUGGAGCUGAUAACUCAGGCAGCUUCGAGCUCAGUGGUGGUCUUCUUCUUCUGCAAUGUGAUCAUUGUCACCAUCCUCGUCGCCUCGAGGCCGCCUCCUCCCGCGGCGGCGAGCGGAAUUAGCCACGUUUCGGUUGCAGGGAGCCAUUACGCGACCAUUUAUCAGCAGGAGGAGACUGUUAUUGAUGGACAUAGACAUACUCUGCAUUCCAACGAAGAAAACAGAGCAUCGGAAUCGAAUUUGAAAUUCGUAAUUACUACCCACCAAGAUGAAGAAGAAGAAGAAGAAGAAGAAGAAGAAGAAGAAGAAGAAGGGGAAAAUGAAGAAACAGAAGAAUUAGGGGACUACAAUGGCGAUGAUCAUGAUGAAUAUGUGGAGGAAGAAGAUGAUGAACUGAGGAGGAGAGUUGAAGAGUUCAUAGAGAAGACUAACAAGGCGUGGAGGGCCGAAAUGCUUCGCACAUCACAAUCGCGGCUGAUUGCAACUCGUUGAUUGAUUGUGUCGCAACGCAAAAUGGGUGAUGGGCGUGGAAAAGUCGGAAGGAACAGAGUUUUUGGUUGUUCCUCAAGGAAAUUCAGGAGCUGCCAUGUCCAGAAAUAUUAUGGUGGCUGGUUGGCUUCUUUAUCUUUCUCUUUUUUUCUCCCCUGGCUUUUCAGUUUUGAAUAUGUGAUUACCGGCUGUAACUAUUUUCCUUCUUUAGUAAUUAUUUACCUCAGACAUGUAUUAGACCCUUCCGGGUGCAAGAAAGUGACUUUGUGGAGCUACAAAUUUAUCUAAUUAAAGCUUCAUGUGUAA